UCGUGGACACUCGUUGGGAGGAAGGAGGUUUGCAUGGUAUAAGCUGGGAGAGAGGAGAGGACGGAGUGCGCAAGUGUAACACGCACCGCAAUAGACAUGGUGGUUGCUUUGCAACCAGCAAGACGAGCAUCAAUACGAUCAAUCAGGUUAGUAUCAGUAGCCUUGGAGACUCUGUUGUGGAUGAUCAGGACUCCCAUAUAUCUCCCUAAGUUCGAAGUUUGAGGAAUCCCCAUAGUUGCAGUCAACAGCGUUCGCUGCUGAUGGGGGACAUUGGCCGAGAAAAGUCCUUGACUUCGGUUUGAUGAUGUUCUCCUCCGAUGCGGCGCCAAAAAUCUCGAAGCUUUGGUUGAUGACGUAAGUGCCUAAUUUACUACAAAUUUUCUAAUUUAUAAGAAAUUUAUUGUAAAAAUUUCAUCCAAAUUUACUUGCAUUGCAAGUUGGCUUUUUCUUUUUUACUUAUGAAGUGCCCAAAUUUAAAUUUGGAAUCUUUCACCGCAAGGGGAAAAAAACUCUCCCCGUCUUAGUUCCCGACUCCACCAGCGGCGGGCGUCCCAGUUCGGAAGCAGCGCCGGCGGGGGCUGUCUCCCUCUUCCGUCUCCAGGUGAAUCAUCCCCUGUUCCCCUGUUCUAUUUAUACAGGAUCUCUUCAGUCUAUAUGGAAUCUGAAUUCAUUACCAGGAGCAUGCCUAAACUUCUGCCAAAUUCUCCUACUCUCCUCUGUCUGCCUACUUGUUGGAAACAAGCUGCUGCCUUUUCCUUGCCUGGAGCUCAGCGUUCAACUUCCUGGCUACCUUCUUUCUGUGUGAAAAUUCGCGGUUCAGCUACUUCCACUGCUACUGAACUACAACCCACGGGUCGUUUCUACGACAAUCGUUCGCCAGGAGGAUGCGGCGAGGCAAAUAAGAAUGUACCCGGGGAUUUGUCAAACAAGGUAUCAAAGAGGCAGGGGAAGAUUGGUUUUCGAAAAGAGAGGCUAAAGCAGUAUUCAGCUAUGCUUCGCGAAUGUGCUUCAAAAGUGGCGCUAAACGAGGGGAGGGCAGUUCAUGGGAAUCUCAUUAGGAAUGGGGUGGUGCCGGAUUCUCAUUUAUGGGUUUCUUUAACCAGUUUUUAUGCUAAGUGCGGGCGUCUAGAGUUUGCACGCAAAGUGCUUGAUGAAACGCCUGAACGUGAUGUUGUGUCGUGGACGGCUUUAAUUUCCGGGUUUGUCAGCGAAGGGUGUGGGGAUGAUGCCGUUGCCCUCUAUUGUGUAAUGAGAAACGAAGACGUGAGGCCGAAUGAAUAUGUGUUGGCUACUACACUGAAAGCGUGCUCUCUCAGCUUGGAUGUGGAGCUUGGUAGGCAAGUACAUGCAGAGGCAGUAAAGGCCGGGUUGUUAACCGACUUGUUUGUUGCCUCUGGUCUUGUGGAUCUUUAUGCUAAAUGUAAGGAGAUAGAACUUGCAGAUUCAGUGUUCUUUAGCAUGCCUGAGAGGAACGAGGUCUUGUGGAACGUGUUGCUGAAUGGUUAUGCUCAACUUGGCGAUGUGAAAGCUGUUUUGAAGUUGUUUUCCAUGAUGGUUGAGUGGGAACAUAAGUUCAACCGGUUUACUUUGUCAACUGUGUUAAAGGGUUGUGCGAAAUCCGGGCAUUUGAAAGAAGGCAAGCUUUUGCAUUCUGUUGCAAUCAAGACUGGGCAAGAAGUUGACGAAUUUGUGGCGUCUUGUUUGGUUGAUAUGUAUUCCAAGUGUGGAAUGAUAGGCUAUGCAUUACAAGUCUUCAAAAGGAUAAAAGAUCCUGAUCUUGUUACCUGGAGUGCAAUGAUUUCUGGUCUUGAUCAGCAAGGGUUUAGCCAUGAUGCAGCUGACCUAUACAAGGCAAUGGUACUUGCAGGAGUUAGACCUAAUCAAUAUAUCUUUAGCAGCCUUGUUAGUGCUGCUACAAGUAGGGGGGAUCUGCGCUUUGGUAAAGCAGUUCAUGCAUGUAUAUCUAAAUAUGAAAUGGAGGAUGAUAUGUUAGUCAGCAAUACGCUGAUCAUGAUGUAUAUGAAACAUGGACAGUUACAAGAUGGUAUUCUAAUUUUUAAUUCAAUGCUAGAGCAGGACACAGCAUCUUGGAGUUACCUUUUAUCUGGAUUUUGUGACUCUAACAGGUGUGAGGAAGCACCAAGGAUCUUCUACCAGAUGCUUGUGGAGGGCUUCAAUCCCAACAUGUAUACUUUCAUAGACAUCUUAAGGUCAUGUUCUAGUCUCUCAGAUGUACAUUUCGGUAGGCAAGUGCAUACUCACAUCAUUAAGAACUGCAAUGACAGUAAUGAUUUUGUCAGAACUGCUCUUAUUGAUAUGUAUGCGAAAGGGAGAUGUAUAGAAGAUGCAGUAGCAGUGUUCAACAGAUUGGUUGAUCGGGACCUUUUUACAUGGACAACUAUGAUUGAUGGUUAUGCAAAAACGAAUCAACCAGAAAUGGCUUUGAAACAUUUUGUUGAUAUGCAAAGUGAAGGGGUAAAGCCCAAUGAGUUCACUAUUGCCAGCUGUUUAAAUGCAUGCUCCCAUAUGGCAACCCUGGAAGGAGGGCAGCAGCUACAUUCUAUGGUUGUCAAAGCUGGUCACACGGGUGACAUUAUUGUGGCCACUGCAAUCACUGAUAUGUACGGAAAAUGUGGAUGCUUGGAAGAUGCUGAGGCAAAUUUCAAAGAUAUGGUCUUGAGAGAUGCAGUCUCUUGGAACACAAUUAUUGCUGUUUAUUCAUACCACAGCCAAGGGGAAAAUGCUCUUCAAGCCUAUAGAAUGAUGAUAGAGAAAGGAUUUUUACCUGAUGAAGCGACUUUCUUAAGCAUCCUAUCCGUGUGCAGCAACAUGGGUUUAGUUGAGGAAGGAAAGAAGCACUUUGAGUCAAUGAGCAAAGUUUAUGGGAUUACACCUUCGCUUGAGCAUUAUGCAUGCGUGGUCAAUAUUCUUAGUCGGGCUGGUCAGUUUGAUGAGGUUGAAGCCUUUAUUAAGGAGCAAAAAUUAAGCACACAUGCCUUGAUUUGGGAGACUGUGCUUGGAGCUUGUAAAUUGCAUGGAAAUCUUGACCUUGGUGAAACUGCUGCUAGGAAACUGUUUGAACUCCAACCCAAGGAGGACUCAGCUUACGUAUUUCUAUCGAACAUUUUUGCUUCUAAAGGUAGGUGGGACGACGUCCAGAAGAUCAGACUAUUGAUGUCGGAGGAAGGCAUUAAGAAGGAACCUGGUUGUAGCUGGGUUGGUGUUGAUGGUCAAGUACAUGUCUUUGUUUCUCAAGAUGGUUCUCAUCCCAAGACAGAACAAAUCUACGCUAAGUUGCAGGAUUUGAAGCAAAGGCUGUCAUUCAGUGGUUAUAUACCAAAAACAGAAAAUGUGCUUCAUAACAUCAGCAGCAGAGAGAAAAUUGAGCAUCUCUGGCAUCACAGUGAGAGACUGGCUCUCGGUUUGGCCCUCAUAAGUACCUGCCCUGGUAUGCCUAUACGUAUUUUUAAGAAUCUGCGGAUAUGCGAGGAUUGUCAUGAAGUUAUGAAGGUUAUCUCGCAUGUUACAAGUCGAGAAAUAGUAAUCCGCGACUUUAAGCGCUUCCAUCAUUUUAAGUUGGGUUCUUGCUCUUGCCAAGACAGUUGGUGACUCUGAAUGCACCCAAAGUGCUUAUUUGUUGUAAUGAUCGAUGUGAAUAUCUUUGCUAGAAUAUAAUUUAUAGACCUCAUGGUACUGCUAACUGCUAGGGGAUUGACUUUGUACAUUUCAGAAGUCAUUUUCUUCUUUUGUAAAAAGAACACCAAAGAACUGUUCUUUUACUCGUGUUGCCAUUUCAGUAUUUUCAGUUAACGCUCAGGAUCGCCGAACACAGAAAAUUGUGAGUUCAGUAUAUAGGAUCUACCAAAUAGGUUUCGUCGGCUUUUUACUGGAGGUAUUCUAUGUACAUUAUUCCUUACAUUUACAUAUUCUGGUAACUUAGUUUCCCCUUCCCAGAAGUCCAGAUCUCGGGUUGGUAAUUAAUUUCUGCCUUAUUAUUUCUUUUCUUUUCGUGUGUGAUAUCCAGUUCUCGAGAAGACAAACUGUUGUAGCAAUGGGGCUAUUGCAGUCAGGUCAUCAUGUAGAAUAACUGAUCCAGCAUUUU